AUGUCUACCGGUGUUGGCGUUUCCUCCUGCUGCCUCUCAGGCAAGCUUGCCGAAGGCACCCCCAAGGGCCAUGAGACCACCAUCGGUGGUCUCCACACGUAUGUCGCCUCGCCCGAGGAUGGCAAGACGACCAAGUCGAUAGUCUUCAUCACCGACAUCUUCGGCUGGGAGCUGAAGAACACGCGCCUCCUCGCCGACAACUACGCCCGCGCCGGCUUCACCUGCUACAUCCCAGACGUGCUCGAGGGUGACGCCCUGCCCCACGAUUUCCUCGACACGGUGGAGCCGAACCUCGCGGCGCGUGAGAAGCUCUCGCUGGCCGACAAGGCUCUCAACACCGCCAAGGUCGGAACCACUUUUGGUCCCUGGCUGAUCCGCCACCGCGAGGCAGUCGCCCGCCCGCUGAUCGAGAACUUCAUCCGGAGCGUCCGCAUGAUCCCUGGAACGGACAAGGUUGGUGCUAUCGGCUUCUGCUGGGGAGGGCGCUAUGCCAUCCUCGCGGCGCAGAAGCCUUUCUCAGGUGCCGAGGGUGCUGGUAUCGAUGCGGCAUACGCCUGCCACCCGAGCAUGGUGUCUAUCCCCGCGGACUUUGAGGACAUCGUGGUUCCCGUGAGCUUUGCGCUUGGCGAAAAGGACUCACUCUUGGGAGAGAAGGAGAUCGGACAGAUCCGUGAGGUCAUGGCCAAGAAGGAGAUGGGAAUGACCAACCAAGCCUCGGUCAGCGAGAUUGUCGUGUAUCCCGAGCAAAUCCAUGGAUUCUCACUCCGUGGUGACUGGAGCAGCGAGAAGGACAAGAAGGCUAUGGAUGACGCUGAGAAGCAGGGCAUCAAUUGGUUCAACAAGCACCUAUCUUAG